AUUCUAGUGAUGAGCACGCAGGCGAUCAAUAGGUAGUUAUCGAAAAUAAAAAUACCGACUUGGUAAGUUGGUAUUUUGCACCAGCUGAUUCAACCAGUACUGGAAAACAUUAAAUUAUUGUGUAUUGCUUGCAUCUAUCUGUCCUUAAUUUAUUAAUUUAGUAAAAGUUAAUAAUAUUUCAACUGGAUGCGCUGCGGUGAUUUGCAGCAGAUGCAGCAGCCUCCAGCACGUUCGAUCAACUGCGUUCAAGAGGAAUAAAUAGCAGGUGGGUUAGUGUGGACCGGCAAUGUGCUUUUCAAGAUGUCCCGGCUUGCUGAUUACUUUGUAAUUGUUGGCUACGACAGCGAUAAAGAGAAGACUGCGAGCAAUGUGUGUGGGCAGCCAAUAUGCGGAAAAAUUGUUCAACGCUUUCCAGAGAAAGAUUGGCCCGACACGCCGUUUAUCGACGGAAUUGAAUGGUUCUGCCAGCCCCUGGGAUGGAAUUUAUCGUAUGAAAAACAAGAGCCCAAAUUUUUCAUUUCUGUUCUCACGGACAUCGAUGCCAAUAAGCAUUACUGUGCGUGCCUGAGCUUCCACGAGACGCUGGCCAUCACACAGACGAGAAGCGUGGACGAUGAGGACGAGACCAUAGGAGGUAGCAGCAGGCUGCUGGGCGCGGUAGCCUCGCUGGAAUCGGGUAUCGCUGAAGCGACAUCUCAAAAUACACACCACAGCGUCAUGUAUGCGCCAAAGUGUUUGGUGCUGAUAUCACGCCUGGACUGUGCCGAGACCUUUAAGAAUUGCCUGGGGACGAUGUACACGGUGUACAUCGAGAACUUGUCAUAUGCCAUGGAGACACUGAUAGGAAACAUCCUUGGCUGCAUUCAAGUGCCCCCCGCGGGAGGGCCGCAGGUCAGGUUUUCGAUUGGAGCUGGGGACAAGCAAUCGCUUCAGCCACCGCAAAGUUCCUCGCUGCCCACAACCGGCAGUGGUGUGCAUUUCCUUUUUAAGCAACUGGGAAUUAAGAACGUCCUCAUACUCCUCUGCGCAGUGAUGACGGAAAACAAAAUCCUUUUCCUCUCGAAAUGCUACUGGCACUUGACGGAGAGCUGCAAGGCUUUGGUGGCUCUGAUGUACCCGUUUCGAUAUACGCAUGUCUACAUACCCAUACUGCCGGCACCUCUCACCGAAGUACUGUCCACUCCCACGCCCUUCAUUAUGGGAAUACACAGCUCGCUGCAAACUGAAAUUACGGAUCUCCUGGAUGUCAUUGUCGUAGAUUUGGAUGGCGGUCUCGUCACCAUUCCGGAGGCCCUUACACCCCCGGUCCCCAUUCUGCCAUCACCUCUGUGGGAGCAGACGCAGAAUCUGCUCAGUAUGAUACUCUUCCCGAACCUUGCGCAGGCAGAUCUCGCGUUUCCCACCCAAGAGCGCCCGGCUGCACUGGCCAAGACAGAUGCCCAGAUUGACAAGGAACUUCGUGCCAUUUUCAUGCGGCUCUUUGCCCAGCUGCUGCAGGGCUAUCGCUCUUGCCUGACCAUAAUUCGGAUCCAUCCGAAGACCGUCAUCACCUUCCACAAGGCUGGUUUUCUCGGCGCUCGCGAUCUGAUAGAGAGCGAGUUUUUGUUUCGCGUCUUGGAUAGCAUGUUUUUCACGACGUUCGUCAAUGAGCGAGGACCUCCUUGGCGUGCCUCGGAUGCAUGGGAUGAACUCUACAGCUCUAUGAACGAGCUGCUCAAACUGGAAGCUCAGAAUCGGAAUCUCGUGAGUAGAGGGCCCGGCCCCAAUACUAAGAGCAUACUAAAUCCACCCUUAACUACAUUUGUGUUGCAGAUAAUACCACAUAUCCAGGAAUUGGGACGCACUCUCUUCGAUAAUGAAAGCUCCUUUGCGCAUAGCAAUUAUGCCCAGAAGGUUUUGCGUCCACCGGAGGGAGCCUUUCAGCGCAUACAUCAGCCCUCUUUCCCGCGCAUCAGUGUGGAAAAGGUAGAGCUGAUUAUUCAGGAAGGCAUUCGAAAGAAUGGCGGGGCACCGCGCUUCCACGUGACGCGAAAUCAACACCGGAUCAUUCCCAUGGGACCAAGGCUUCCCGAGGCUUUGGAUGUGCGUCCAAAUGUGCAAAACUCGGCCCGUCGACUGGAGGUGCUGCGCACGUGUGUGUCUUACAUCUUUGAGAAUCGGAUUGCAGAUGCACGCAAACUGCUGCCCGCCGUUAUGCGCACGCUCAAGCAUCGAGACGCAAGGUUGAUCCUCUGUAGGGAGCUCUUUGGAUACGUGCAUGGGAACAAAGCGAUCCUGGACCAUCAGCAGUUUGAGCUGGUGCUGAGAUUCAUGAACAAGGCGUUGCAAAAUUCAUCUGGCGUGGAUGAGUAUACCGUGGCAGCGGCUCUGCUGCCAAUGUCUACGAUUUUCUGUAGAAAACUUUCCACGGGAGUGGUGCAGUUUGCGUAUACCGAGAUACAGGAUCAUGGAAUAUGGAAGAAUCUUCAGUUCUGGGAAUCUACAUUCUACCAGGAUGUACAGGGCCAAAUCAAGGCACUGUAUCUGCUGCAGCGUCGCCAGAACGAACACCACAAGGAGGCAAACUGUGUACUGGACGAGGUGCCGCUGGAGGAGCCCACAGCGCUGGAGAUAACAGCAGAACAACUGCGGAAGAGCCCCACCAUCGAGGAGGAAAAAAAGGCCGAACUGGCCAAGUCCGAGGAGUCCACUUUGUACAGCCAGGCAAUACAUUUUGCCAACCGAAUGGUCUCACUUCUGAUUCCACUCGACGUCAAUGUGGAUGCAGCCAGCAAGCCGAAGCCAGCCUUUCGUUUGGAGGAAAAUCAGAGUGUUUCCAACAGUAUUUUGGGCUCCCAUAGUCUGAGCGAACAUUCCGACGAAGGCUUCGAGGAGAACGAUGCCCUGGAAAUAGGUGUCACGGUUGGGAAAACAAUUUCACGCUUCAUUGACUGCGUCUGCACAGAGGGUGGCGUCACAUCAGAGCACAUACGCAACCUGCACGACAUGGUGCCGGGGGUGGUGCACAUGCAUAUAGAGUCCCUAGAGCCGGUUUAUUUGGAGGCCAAACGACACCCGCAUGUCCAGAAGCCCAAGAUUCAAACACCCUGCCUGUUGCCAGGCGAGGAGCUGGUGACCGACCAUUUGCGCUGCUUUCUGAUACCAGAUGGACGCGAGGAUGAUACGCAAUGCCUGAUACCCGCCGAAGGAGCUCUGUUCCUCACCAACUAUCGUGUUGUCUUCAAAGGUUCGCCCUGCGAUCCCCUCUUCUGCGAACAGACCAUCGUUCGCUCCUUUCCCAUUUCCUCUCUGCUGAAGGAGAAAAAGAUAUCAGUGCUGUACUUGGCACACCUUGAUCAGACGUUGCCGGAGGGCCUGCAGCUUCGCUCCAGUACCUUUCAGCUCCUGAAGGUGGCUUUCGAUACGGAGGUGACGCCAGAGCAGAUUGAGAAUUUUCGAAAAAUAUUAAGCAAGGCUCGGCAUCCAUUCGACGAAUUCGAGUACUUUGCCUUUCAGUCGUAUGGCACUAUGCUGCAAGGUGUCGCCCCACUGAAAACAAAGGAGAAAUACUCCACGCUUAAGGGAUUCGCUAAGAAAACUCUGCUGCGCACGGCCAAAAAGGCUGGGUUCAAGCAGAAGCAGCAGACCAAGCGGAAGCUGGUGACAGACUAUGAGCUGGCCGGUGGUGCAGACGCCGUGGAAACCCAAUCGAUUGACGAUGAGCUGGAGGAUGGGGACGAAUUCGAGUCCCAGAAUAAUGCAUUGCCUCGACUGUUGACCACAAAGGACAUGGAACGCAUGCGAGAGCGGAGCUAUGUGUUGGAUUGGAAGCGACUCGGCUUCGAUGCAGAGUCCCAGCGUGGAUUCCGGAUCAGCAAUGCCAAUGCCAGCUAUGCCACCUGUCGCUCGUACCCAGCCAUCAUUGUUUCGCCUGUGCAGUGCAGCGAUGCAGCCAUUAUACACCUGGGGCGCUACUUUAAGGGCCAGCGCAUACCGCUGCCCACCUGGCGGCACGAGAAUGGAGCACUGCUCAUCCGUGGUGGCCAGCCCAACAGCAAGUCAGUCAUCGGAAUGCUCAAGAACACCACCGGGGGGAAUGCCAAUAUCCAUCACGAUGUAACACACUUCCCCGAGCAGGACAAGUAUUUCUUGGCUCUAAUCAAUACGAUGCCGAAGCUGGCGCCCCUGAAUUUGACCCAGUACACGGGCAUGAAUCUGUCGAUGAGCUCGCUGCUUGGACACGGACACGGCUCUGCCGAUGAUCGCCCAUCGCUCACUCCGGAACUGCCGCGCAAGCACAAAAACAACCUCGAUUCUAGCAAUGGCAGCAAGUCAAGUGGGGCAACCAAGAGUGGGACAAUGAAGGGAAACUCGGCCAAUACAUCCGCGAAUGCCUUCCGCAAGAUGCGUCUGUAUGCUCUGGGUGAAAAAUCACAAGCCAAAUCGAAUCUGAACGUGGACUACUGUGCAGACUUUAUUCCCGUGGACUAUCCAGACAUUAGGCAAUCGAGGCCGGCAUUUAAAAAACUUAUACGGGCCUGCAUGCCCUCGCAUAAUGCCAGCGAUGCCGAUGGCCAGAGCUUUGCCAAAAUGGUGGAGCAGUCCGAUUGGCUGCAGCAAAUCUCCUCGCUAAUGCAGUUGUCUGGCGCUGUUGUGGAUCUCAUCGACCUGCAGGAGAGCAGUGUUAUGCUGUCUCUGGAGGAUGGCUCCGAUGUGACCGCUCAGCUGUCAUCGAUAGCACAGCUCUGCCUGGAUCCGUACUACCGCACUCUUGACGGCUUUCGCGUGCUGGUGGAGAAGGAGUGGCUGGCCUUUGGCCAUCGGUUUGCGCAUCGCAGCAAUCUGAAACCCUCGCACGCGAACACAAACAUUGCCUUUGCUCCGACAUUUCUACAAUUUCUUGACGUGGUUCAUCAGCUGCAGCGACAGUUUCCCAUGGCAUUUGAGUUCAAUGAUUUCUAUCUGAGAUUCUUGGCGUAUCAUGUGGUGUCGUGUCGGUUUCGAACGUUUCUCUUCGACUGCGAAUUGGAACGGUCGGACUCGGGUAUAGCCGCCAUGGAGGACAAGCGAGGAUCUCUGAAUGCAAAGAACAUAUUUGGCGUGAGUGGCAUCGCGUCGAAUGGCUCAGAUGACGAGUGCAAUGUGUACCCUCUCGACUUACGAAGCCCACGAACUCCCACGCAACUGAAUCGCAUUGGCCAUUCCAUCUUUGACUACAUAGAGAGGCAGCACAACAAGACGCCCAUUUUCUACAACUUUCUCUAUUCGCCCGACAAGGAGAUGACGCUGCGUCCGCAAAACAACGUGGCUGCCCUAGACCUCUGGAGCUACUACACCAAUGAGGAACUGGCCCAGGGACCACCAUACGAUCUGGAAGUCACCACCGUGGAUGAUGAAAUAGAUCUGUCCGAAAUGAGGGGCAAGCGUAUGGUUAUUACUGCCGGCUACGACAACAUGGAAAAGUGCAAUCCCAACGCCUAUGUCUGCCUGCUCAGCGAGGUCAAGCACGCGGAGACGGAACGUGGACACCUGCCACAAAAGUGGCUACAGGUCUGGAACAAUCUGGUUGUUCCGAAAAUAGAGCCGAUACCCCAUAAUGCGUCGCUCGGCAGUAUUUUUGUCCAGACGCAUCAGCAUAAACGGUCCACACUGGAAAUCAUAAUGAAAGGUCGACUGGCGGGCUAUCAAGAUAAAUACUUUCAUCCGCAUCGCUUUGAGAAGCAUCCGUAUACGACGCCCACAAAUUGCAAUCACUGCACAAAGCUGCUUUGGGGGCCCGUUGGAUAUCGUUGCAUGGAUUGUGGCAACUCGUAUCAUGAAAAGUGCACGGAGCUGUCGAUGAAGAAUUGCACAAAGUACAAGGCCAUCGAUGGGGCUGUCGGUGCGCCGAAUGUAAAUAUGUCUCAGGGAGACACGGCCAGUAUUGCCUCAAGUGCUGCCACCACAGCUAGGACAUCCAGUCAUCACUUUUACAAUCAAUUCAGUAGUAACGUGGCUGAAAAUCGCACGCACGAGGGUCAUCUCUACAAGCGUGGGGCACUGCUCAAGGGAUGGAAGCAGCGCUGGUUCGUCCUCGACUCGAUUAAACAUCAACUGCGCUACUAUGACACGUCAGAGGAUACUGCUCCCAAGGGAAUUAUUGAAUUGGCGGAGGUGCAGUCGGUAACUGCGGCACAACCAACACAAAUCGGCGCAAAGGGCGUGGACGAAAAAGGAUUCUUUGAUUUGAAAACAUCAAAACGCACCUACAAUUUCUAUGCCGUCAAUGCAAAUCUGGCCCAAGAAUGGAUAGAAAAGUUGCAGGCAUGUCUGCAAUAAAAAAAGGAGAAGCAAAUCCGAUGCGGAUGUCUAUCUGGAUUGCCGUUUUGUUGUGUGCUGAAUCUUUCAUUUUGUUAUAGGAUAAUCCAGGUAUUCCAGUUCAUGUGCGACGUAUGCAACUUCCUUCUUUGGCUCUGUUGUUCAUAUCAUAAAGAAGCAAAUUCGGCAUACCUUAGCAUUUUCUUCGUUCAUAUUCAUUACACACACAAGUGUUUGGCCAAGCAACAAGAUCUAUAGCCUUUGCGAAAUGUGAAUACGUGAAGGAACCUACAAAGUUAUGUGAUUAAACAACAAAAUAUGAUGAUAACUAACGAUAAAAACGGAAAAACGCCAACCCAGCAACAAUUUUUAUAUACAUUUUUGAUAUAUAUGUAUAUGUAUAUAUAGCUAUAGCUAUAUGCAUAAAUAUAAAUCUACAUACACAUAUAGGG